AUGUCAACCACCAAUGUCUUGAUCACUGGAGUCAACCGAGGCGUUGGCCUCGCUCUCCUUCAGACCUACCUAGCCCGGCCGAACCACAUUGUCAUCGGGAGCGUCCGCGAGGUCGCCGCCGCCAAGUCCAAGGGACUUGAAGAUAUUCCAGUUGCCUCUGGUUCCAAACUCAUCCUGAUCAAGAUCGAGUUGGCCUCCUUUAUUGACCCCGCCCAAGCCAUCAACGAGCUUGAGAAGCAGGGCAUUAUGAAGUUGGACAUUGUCAUCGCCAACGCCGCUGUUUCUGUCAAGGCGGUGCUUCCAGCGGCCGAGGGUGAUGCCGAAGAAUUUGCCAACAUACUUGCCAUCAACACCGUGGGGCCAGUCGCUCUGUUUGCAGCGACGAAGCCGCUGCUCGAUCGUGCGGAGAAGCCCAAGUGGGUGUCUGUAAGCUCGUCGGUAGCGUCUCUUGCGAACCACGAGGCGUCAUUCGCAUACCUGGGAGGACGUCCCAUGGGCUUUGGUUACGGCGCGUCUAAGGCGGCGUUGAACCAUCUCACCCUUAAUAUUCAUUCGGAGAACCCAAACCUGACUGCAAUUGCGCUGGAUCCAGGAUUCCUUGAUACCGAUAUGGGCAACGCUGGAGCCAAGGCUUUUGGCAUGGAAAAGCCGCCACACCAUGUCGGUGACAAUGUCAAGGCGAUUGUGAAGCUUGUCGAUGCUGCGACAAGAGAGACGCAUUCCGGAAAGUUCUUGAAUUUCGAGGGCCAAGAGGUACCGUGGUAG